AAAGUUGAUGAAGACGCUCCUUACAGCUCAUGGAGGGAGUCUCGGUUGAGGAGUAAGUCUGAAGUGUCUAGAGACGGCGAUGUCGGUACGGGCGUAUCGCCAGACUCACGGAAGGUGAGUGACAUGCUGUCGGGGAGACUGUGUUUCCCGUCGUGUGGUGGGGACAACGCGGACGACGCGGAGACACAGUCUGUUGGGAAAGCAGCGGUUAAACCAGUCUCUCCUGGUCUGGGUCUCCUCUACAGCCUCCUGGCCUCUGUGUUCUUCUCAGUAGCUUCUCUUCUUGUAAAGAAAAUUGAGGGCAUACAUGCAGUUGAAAUUAGUGCAAUACGAUGCUUUUUCCAGAUGCUGUUUGUUAUUCCAGCCAUGAUCUACUACAAAACUGGCUUCCUGGGACCUCAUGGAAUGCGCAUCUUCCUAUUUCUGAGAGGUGUCCUUGGAUCCAGUGCAAUGAUCUUGCUCUAUUAUGCUGUCCUCCAGAUGCCUCUGGCUGAUGCUACUGUCAUAAUGUUUAGCAAUCCAGUCUUCACAGCGCUGUUGGCCUGGAUCUUUCUGAAGGAGCGUUGCACUAUCUGGGAUGCUGUCUUCACUAUCUCCACUCUCACGGGGGUUGUCCUCAUAGCAAAGCCCCCCUUCCUCUUUGGGGAAAAUUUGUCUGGGAUUGAGGGUGACUACACCAACCACAUCAAGGGCACAGUAGCUGCUUUCACAGGAGCUGUCGGGGCAGCCUGCGCUAUGGUCAUCCUCAGGAAGAUGGGCAGAAGUGUUCACCACUACCUCUCUGUGUGGUACUAUGCUGUGCUGGGCUUUGUUGAGUGCAUCAUCAUCCUGUUGAUAAUGCACGAGUGGACCUUGCCAUCCUGUGGCUUGGACAGGGCGAUCCUAAUGGCCAUAGGCAUUUUAGGAAUAGGCGGCCAGACAUUCCUCACCAAAGCCCUGCAGAUCGAGAAGGCAGGCCCUGUAGCACUCAUGCGGACUAUGGACGUGGUUCUGGCCUUUGUCCUGCAGUUCCUCUUUCUUAAUCGCAUGCCAACUUGGUGGAGCAUUGGAGGGGCACUGUGUGUGAUAAGUAGUACCAGUGGAGUGGCACUGAGAAAGUGGUACAGUAAUUCCAGACUUAACAACUGAGCACCAUUUAUCAUCUAGUGCUGUUAUUUAAAAAAAAAAAAAAAACAAAACCACAGCCUACCUACUUUUAGAAAAUUGUUAGUUUUAUAUAUUACUACAGUAUAUAUUAAUUUUAAACAUUGUUAGCUUGUGAAUUAAAAUGUAAAAUUUAUUCUAAAUUUUUAAAAUUUAGAAUUCUAAAUUUAAGCAUACAUGUAUAUUUAUUUUUCUAAAUAAGAAUGAUUCUUAUAUUUAUUGAACUGUUUUAUAGAACUGUAUAAAACCUGCAUUUGCACUAAAUGGCUAAAUCAAAUUUAUUGCUGAAUACAUUUGCUUUACUUUUUAUUUGCUUUAAACAGGGGCAUUUGUUUUGUCUAAGUAUUUGGAUAUUUUUAAUUAAACAAGUUUGUUAGAAAGAGUGAAUCUUAUAUUUUCAUGAUAUCCAGUAGAACGUUUCAAGCAAUUAUACAUUCUUAGAAUGUUAAUAACUGUGACUUGAACCUUGUCCCAACAUAUGGGAAUAUCACCCAAGGUUAUUGCACAAACAUUAACAAGAUAACUAUUGACUCAAUGAUUGCUUUAUAAUAUACAGCCGUGGAUUUGUUGUUUCAUUUGAUGGAAGAAAGAUGCAAUUCUAUUGCAUGGUCAUGACCUAGAAGCAAUUACUAUUUACUAUAUUUCUGUAAUUUUACCAGAAACGCUUAUUAAAAAUGGUUUAUUGAUAAUUCCAUAGUGA